AUGGAACAGCCUGAAACAACUUUCUAUAAUAAUUCAGGAAAGCUUGUUCAAUACCAGUUGCAGAGUGGAGGACCUACAUGGAGGGUUCCAUUGGGCAAAAGAGAUGGACUAGCGGCAAACCAAUCUGGAGCAAACAAUGGGCUUCCUGGUCCAACCGAGGCACUAGACAAAAUCAUUACCAAGUUUGCAAAUGUAGGUCUCAAUGUCACAGAUGUGGUGUCCUUAUCAGGAGGUCAUACAAUUGGACAAGCAAGGUGUAUCACCUUCAGCAAUAGGUUGUCUACUCCAGACAGUACAAUGGAAACAAGCAUGAUGUCCGAUUUGCAAACUUCGUGCCCCUCGAACAGUGAUGGAAACAACACAGUAGCCCUGGACCGAAACAAUUGAUGCAUUCGACAACCACUACUUUCAGAACUUGCUCAAUUCAAAGGGCCUUCUUAGUUCCG